AUGAUUUUAGAGAAAAGAAAAUACGAUCAUGUCAUAUCAAAGCACAAUGCUGAUGAAGAUCAAGCUAGUUCUGUUGAAGCAAGCUCAGUCUGCUCAAGAGGAGGCUCAGGACUGGAAACAAAAGCUGCUCUAGAGAAAGCUGCAGUUGUCCAAGAACGUUCAAAUACGGAAACACAACAGAGAGAAGAUGUUUUGAGGGAAGAAUUUGCUACUAGUUUGGCUGAGAAGGUGAUCCUCUCUCUCUCUCUCUCUAGACAGUUGAUGCUAGUUGACUUGUUGAGAGUGAUCUAA